AUGGAGCACAGUUACAUGCGCGAGUUCCGGGUCCCGGAGAGCAACCAAACGUCGACAACGCGGGCUCUGAUGAUCCACCGGCCACCACAGUGCCCGUCGUGUCACGUCCAUUCGCAAGAUGAGCGUAUCGAUCUGGAAGAAUCGUACAAUCCACCGAUACCGUCGUAUAAUGAGGAAAACGCCAGAAAAGCGAUGCAAGAGAGUGAAAACAUUAUCAACGUGACCCGAAAGUCCGUCACCGACGAAGAUGAUUGGGAGGAAAAGGUGAACAAGUUUGGAUGGUCCGUGCAGCAGUUUAAGCUUUUCGAUCGCGUCGCACGCCUUCUCGAUAUGGACCGGCUGGCACGGUUGACCAACACGGACAAGCAACACGAACCGGUGCAUAGACGCACGGUGAUCGAUAAAUCGGUCAGCCGGUUGCGCCAGGCGCUUGCCAGUGUGUCGUGGGAAACCCGCUUAACGCAGUGGCUGCACAGUUUGCUGAUGGAAAACCUUCCCCCCAGCUAUUUGGCCAUCUACGUGGACCUUCUGCAAACGAUGCAGGCAAAGUUGCCCGAUUUGGCCAACAAGAUGGUCUUCUGUCACCCGCAGAACAACGUCGGCCAGGAGCUGCUGGGGCCCAUCCUAAAGAAACCCUGGGAACCGAUUGUGGCGAACAAAAACCGUAAACUUCCCGGCCAGCCGUACAUCAUCGUGGUUCCUUCGGCCCCGUAUUACGCACAACCUUCUGCUCGUAUGCAAAAGUGGUACAACUUGUUCUCUACCAUGGCAUCGGUUAUACCGAUUCCGGGGCCCACGGUCGAUGGUGCGACCUCGAAGCAAACGCUACAGUACCUGGCGGAAAAGAUGGUGGCGGACACUCGAGAAAAGAUACAAGAAAUACGCAAACCCGCUCCUAACCGGCCCAUCAUACUGGUGGGCUUCAAUGCAGGGGCGGCCCACGCCAUACAGAUUGGGCUGAUCGAGGCCGUUAGCGGAGUGGUUUGUUUGGGAUUCGCCUACAACACUUACAACGGAUCUCGCGGAGCUCCCUGCGAUCACAUUUGCGAAAUUACUUCACCGGUUCUGUUUGUCAUCGGUCAAAACUCUGCGCGUUCCAGCCAAGAAGAAAUCGAGAUGUUGCGGGAUCGAAUGGUCGCUCAAACGUCACUGGUGGUCGUUGGGUCGGCCGACGAAUGUUUGCGUGUGUCGAAAACGAAGCGCAAAAUCGAGGGCGUAACUCAGUCGAUGGUGGACAACAUGGUGGCUGAUGAGAUUGCCGAGUUUGCUACGAAUUGUUUGCUCAGUCCACCCAGCUCCAAACAGUGCGGGUGCGAUUCGGCGGCCGAACAGAAGGUGAACGGUCCCGUUUUAACGCUCAACACUGACCUGCGCAAGGACGACGAUACGGCGAAUCAACGCAAGCGGAAGACAGCGGCAGAUUCCAAGGGUGUCAGCAAGCAACCGAGAAAAACGGCCAGUCGAUCAUCGAAAGUCUCGGCGACGAAAGGGGCACGUUCAACAGUUGUACCACCACCGACCGCCCAAGAAGCGUUGGAUAUGGCCAUUCAGAGCAUUUUGCCGUCCACACCCGAGAAGCAAAUGAUCGGCGGCAGCAAAGUGAUAGAGCCGUUCAACCGGAACGCUCCACGAGCGGACCUGGCCACGGUGAACAGCAACAGCUCGAACCCUUCCGAGCAAGUAGUAAAGUACGAGGUACAAGAUUCGAGCGCGGCACAGGUCAUCUCGGGCGUUGCCAGCACCCCGAUUGUACUGCCGAUGCUAAAACGACCUCCGGCCACACUGAUCAGCAGCCCCCCCGAUGCAACUGGCAACGUGAAUGUAAAAUUGAUCGCAUCGAAUCAGCUCAUUCAGUUGAAACCGAAUGUUGGCACAACGCAAAAGUUCUACUCGUUGAAAUCUUCCACCAAACCGGUCGUCUCCGUAAUGUCCGCCACUCCUACCGUCAUCAGUGGCAGCCCUGACGAUCCUACUACAUUCAGCCCCAAAAAGUUUACCAUCAUACAUAAACCAGGCGAGACAGGUUCGGCUUCAGCGGUCAGCAGCAGCACCACCACCACCGAUGAAGCGAGUGAAUCCACCACGAGCGAUCUUACCGGAACGAACAUUUUCGAUCUACCGAUCGUGUUUGACGAUGGCUUUGUUGCAGACAGUGCACCGGCUGUGACGACGGCUGAAGGAAAUAAAACGUCACCCAGUAAAUUGGUGGUGUCUGCCGCAAGCGUCAGCGGAACAACGAAGCCGAUCAUACUGUCCGAUGCUAUUGUUACACCACCCAAAGCGCUCAGUGGCAAUCGUUUCGUGACACUGCAACCAUCCACGACUGCGGGUGUUGGCAAAACGAACAAGAUCGUGGUGAUCAAUAAGGGAACCAUGAAGGCAGUCGAUGGCAGCAUGAUUGUUCCGAUGGCGACUAAAAUUAACCUGUCCACCGCCAGCAGCACCACGGGAAUUCCCGGCACGUCUGGCAACGUUAUAUACACCAAGGUGCUCCUAACGAAACCGUUGACUACGACCGCCGGUACAAUAGGGACAACCAUUACCAACAAGAAUCUGGGACAGCUGCUGACGGCUGGCAAGGUGGGAAUUAUUAACAGUGUUGGUACAGCGGUCAAGCCAAGCACGUCGUUCGUCAUUAAUACCACGAAACCUAUGACCAAACUCGUUGGAGAAACGCAAAUUCGGUCGGUAGUUUCGGACACGGCUAGCACCAAAGUGCCGAUGAUUACUGGUAACAGGAUACUGAUCAAACCAAGCGUAACGCCCACAGGUGCUUCACCUGCGAGUCUCUUGGGGCGUAACAUAACAUUUAAGCGCGUAAAUAUUGUAUCUUCAACGACCGCAGAAGCACCGGCCACCAGUCCCCCGAAAGAAGCCUCAAAAGAGAAGUGAAUCUGGGAUGCGUUAAAUACUAUAAUUGGCUAUACAAAUCAAUGUAUCAAAUGUUGUAACAGAUGAUUGAAAUACGAACGAAUUAUCAC